AGUUUGUUCAGCAAACUGAUGAUUUGUUCGCUCUAAUUCGCUUUCACUGAACGGCAUGUGCCUGUUUUAUGCUCAUUAUAAACUGAAUUGGUUCAGGUUCUAAGCAGAUAUUUAUUGCAUUAUGUCAAACAAAGAAGUGCUUGUUUUGAUUAUAGUUGGUUUAUUAUGGGAAGUGAGUCUAGCUGAAGAUCCCAUCCAGAUCCUUAAUUCAAGCAUCACAGUGACAUCAAACGGGGAACCAUACUGGCCUGCAGAUUGGGCAAACGAUGGUGCUGUACAUAAUCAAGGCCUUGCUGACGAUUGUGGAUGUUGCGCAGCUCUGAAAAGACCAUCGUGGUUGCAACUGACACUGGAUAAGAUUUAUCUCGUGGAGAAGAUUCUAAUUUUGGGGCGUACCGACCCUGGUAAGUAUUUACAAUUUGACAACAUAACAUUGUCACUGGGAAGACUGAAUCAAUCUCUUGUGGACGAAGCGUUCACUAUGAAAAACGGAACUGUUGCGCAGACUAUACUGGCUCCUCCACGCGAAUUAGAUGUUGUACGAGUUUCGGGUGGCAUGGCAACAAGUUCACAUAUGACAAUUUGCGAGAUUAUGAUGUACCAACAAGCAGCCUGCAAACCCGGCACAUUUGGUUCUAACUGCUCGAAUAUUUGUCAUUGUCUCAAUAAUGGCACCUGUAACAAGGUUGACGGUAGCUGUCUCAAUAACAAAUGCGCAGCUGGAUGGACCCAUGACAACUGUAGCGUAGCCUGCAAACCCGGCACUUUUGGUUCUAACUGCUCCAAUAUUUGUCAUUGUCUCAAUAAUGCAACAUGCAACCAUGUUGACGGUGACUGUCCCAAUAACCAAUGCGCAGCUGGCUGGACGCAUGAAAACUGUAGCAUAGCCUGCUACCCCGGCACGUAUGGUGCUAACUGUUCUUCAAUAUGCCAUUGUCUCAACAAUGUAGCAUGUCAUAAUAUGGAUGGUUCCUGUCCCAAUGAUCAAUGUGCAGCUGGAUGGGUGCAUGAAAACUGCAGCGUAGAUAAUAUAUCUAUUGCUACACUAGAGCCUCCGGAAAGCAAUUGUGACAGGUAUUACAACGCCUUUAUAGCUGUGUCUACGGUUCUUGGAGUUGUUGUAGCGGCUGUAAUAGUUGUAAUUGUGAUGUACACCAGACGCAUGCUUCGACAAUCUGCUGGAGGAACUCGUUCUAACAGAGAAUCGACUUCUCACACGUACGAUGAUUUGUCACGAAAAUUUAUGAACCCUGACCACUAUGAAUGCCUUCAAAUUCAAACCAUUGAACAAUCGACAACCGAAUGUAAACAAACUCCGUUUCAGCGAGUGGUCAGUGCAAAUAAUACUUGCAGACGUUUCUGAUCCCUAUGUUAACAUUUGUAUAACUUUUUUUUUCGUUAAUGAGUCAUCGUAACAUUUAAAUAUCUUGUUAAAGUUACUUAAAUCUUACAAUAAUCAUGCAGUUAUGAUAUCAUAUUGUUAACAGUUUACUAGAUCUAGGAUAUUGUGUCAUAACGUACUCUCCGAAAACUAGCUUAUAUAACGCAACAUAAUGCGAAACGUUUGGAAGAUAAGUAGCAACCAUUUGUAAAACCAAAGUACAUGUAUGUACAAAAAACACGACAAUGCACUUAGUGAUGUCAUUAUAUGAUAUGUCAUUCAUAUACCCUAUUAAUUUGUGAAAAUAAUUACCAAUAAUGUCAUCAACAAGUGCGCCUUAUUUGCGGUCAUAUAUUUUGUGGAAUGUUAUUUUUCAAUAAUAAUACUUGUUACAUUGUAUACAUUAACAUAUAAAAUACAAAUGUGCAUACCAGUUUUCAAAAUGUGUGUGUUUACUAGAUACAUAUACAUGAAACAAUAACGUAAAAUUGAAAUAAUCAAACCAAUACAAAUAAUUGCCUAUACUAUACAGUACUUAUUUUGUAUAAGUGCUUGUGCGUAGACAUGUACAUAAAUAUUAAACGCAUGGUAACAUGUAUAAUUUAUCAUCUUAUUGUAAAUGCUUCAUAAUUUAGUUUAUUCCAUUUUCUAUAUUCCCGUUGCAUGGUGUUGUAAUUAUGAAUAACUUUCGAUUACCAAUUAUUUUGCUUUAUCAGUCGCUCUUUGUGUGUAUAUAAAAUAGUUCAUCAUGUUUUAAGAUAUAUAAUAUGUUGACAAGCGUUUCUAAUUUGUAUAAUUCAGUUGUUUACAAAAUAUAUUGAGUAGCUGAAUAAUGUAUUACACAUACUAACCCUGAAAUAAAAAAUACACAAUUACAAAAAAUAUACAACGUUUAAUUUCUAGAAGCAAUUAUAUGCAAGUUUACACUUUUUUUCGAUGUUUGUAAACAUGUCACCAUAUAUAUUAAUUUUAUGUGUAUAAUAUUACUUCUUGUGCGUUUAGCAUGUCAUUUUCGUUUCCUUGUGUGUGCUUCUAGCUUUAGUUUAAAGUGAUAUUAUGGGCAUCUAACAGUUUAUAGGUGUCUAUCGCAACCGUUGUUUAUUUUUGGUGUUUUCACUUCAUAUACACUUAUAUUUAUUAAUGCAGCAUCAACAUAUUUAAACAAUAUCCCGAAAAGAGAAAAAUAACGCAUUUGAAUAUCAACAGUACUUUUGUUUGACAUCUCAUCAUGCAUUGACGAUGUGAACCUAACUUUAGUUUUAGUGCAGAUUCGUUCAUACGACACAAAGACACAAUUUUAUUUUACGGAUCAUUUCGGCUUAGAGGACUGUGUGAGUCAUGUAAAAUAUCGAAUAUAAAACAUAUUUUUAUAAACAACUGGUAGCAAGAUGAUUUGCAGAUAAUUGGUCAGUAACCACAUUUUAACUAACUGUUUUGACCUGUUAAUUCUUUUCAGCUCAAUUCAACAGUGAAAAAUGCCCAUAAUAUCACUUUAAGGCGUCAAUGUGUAUGAACGUCAUCGAUUGAGCUAUGUGGUUGCGUGAGGUCGUCCCUACGUUUUUAAAAUCGUGUAUAAAUGACAUUUUUUCUUCAUAUCUGUGCAUUAAUACCCAUAUUUAACAGAUGUUUUCAUGUAACACACAAUAUAUUGCAUCAUUCUAAAUUAUGUAAGUAAGUGAUUAAUGGUCUUCUCUUGUACAAUACCUUCGUCAGGUAUACCUUAUGUGAACGAUUAGGAAAAAAUAACACAUAUAUAUCAGCGAAUCAGGUGUCUCUGUGAUGCAAUCGAUGGUUUGGGUCUCAGAUAUUAACCAACCUGUUGUUUUCAUUAUGUUCAUGGAGUAACUAUAUAGCUAUUAAUGAAACACGUUUGUCUAAGCUUUUGUAAAAACAGUACACUCAUUAAUUGAAGGUAAUAAUUAUACUAUUACGCUUAAACAAUUUAAACAUGACAACCAAACACACUUGAUAUAAUAUAAACAAGAAAUAAUUCCCCUUUAAUGAUAUAUUUCCAUUCUUACCCGACAGUGUUUAGUCGACAUUGAGAUUACACCUUUGUAAAAGAUUCUUUAAUCACCUUUAACAUAUCGGACGAAAAAGACAUUUGGGAUAAAUCAGCCGUUAGUAUGUUCUGCAAUAGGAAUAGACGAACGCCUAUACGCAUAUGUUCCACCAGUCAUUCAUAAAAAAAAUACAGACACAAUCUGCCAAUAUUAAUUGAAAAAAGUUUUAAGUAAUUUGGAAGGAAAAAUUUUACAAAAUGGCAACGCUCACAUGUGAAAUAGUGUUAAAAGUAGAUGUGAUUUAGGUUAAGUGAUAACAGUGUCUAUGUUUACAUUGUUAACGAACAGGCGGGUUAACUUUGACACGAGGUUCAUUAUUUUAAUAAACGUAAUUGAUAAUUAAAACAUAAAUGCAAAUGCAUGAUGCCCGACUCAAUAUUACACAUGUUAAUGUACUGCUUUUAGUAGUGGAACUCUAUUAAAAUGAUACUGGGAAAGGUUUUAAACACAGUACAUGGCGAAAUAUGGUGAUCUAUAAAAAGUAUUAAACUUUCGAAUGGGUAAUAAAUCUAUAUUUACAGAUAUUUUUUCAAAUAACCUAUGUACCAGAAAGAUCGUCUAUAUGUCCCAUUAGCAUAACAAAAAAACUCCUGAUUACAGCCUCUGAAGGUCGAAUUAUGUUAACAUUAAAAAUAUGAACGUUUCCUCCAAAUACUAUUAAUAUUCCUUUUCUAUACGUGUCUUCUAAUUGUUACGCACUGGGUUGCAAUAUGGUCCGAUUUAUUACUUUCAUAUCUGUUUCGUGGUCUUCAACAGACUUCUCUCAAGUUCAGACAAGAUUACUUACUUCGUGUGCUAACGUUGACGGUUGGGACUAAACUUUUAAAUUACUUGAUCUGAAUUUCUAAAUAGAAAGUUCUACCGUAUUAGAUGCAUGUACAAUUAUAUGUGUUAAUGGAGCAAGUAGGGUAUGAUACAAUCGCGAUUGUGAUGUUCUUAACUUGAAGAUCAUAAUAACUGCUACAACUUGAAAUUAUAUUUAUAUAAAUACAGUACAACUGACUACUGAGCAUAUUAUUCCUUGAUACUAUAACUUGGUUUUUACAAUGCCUGGUAUUUCCAGGAUGUCGGUAACGAUACUGUAUUUCUAGGAGCUAUUCAACAACGACUUAAAGAUAAUUUUUACCAAAAUUGGAACGGCCGAUUGGUUAACUCUAUCAGAACUCUUUUUUAUAGGAAUAUAGCAUCCUUUCAGCUUCAACCAUAUUUAGUAUUAUGCAAUAUUAAAACGUACAGAUUUAGCCUUACUAGGUUUCGAUUAUCCUCUCAUAGAUUGAGAAUAGAAAGUGGCAGAUGGUCUAAGCCCAACCUAACACCUGUUGAGCAUAGGACAUGUAUUGUUUGUAAUCGUCUAGAAGACGAAUAUCAUUUUGUAAUUGAAUGCAACUUGUAGACAGACUUAAGAUGUUAAUAUAUAACUUUAAAUUACAGAAACAGACCAAAAUAUGCAAAAUUUCUUAGAAUUAAUAUCUUCCGAUAUUGAAUCAGUGUUAAAAAACUAAGUGUUUUUGUCCAUGCCGCAUUUUUAGUUAGAUCAACGAACAUGUAUAAACCCAUUUCAUGUAUUUUUACCCAUUAAAUAGCUGAAAAAUGUAAAUUGCUGCUGUUUUUGAUUUUGUAUGUGAAUGAAAUCCUGUGUAAUUAGUAUUAGUGUGUGAGUUCCUGUUUACGCCCUCUUAGUUUUGUUUGCCAAAUGUAUGUUAGAAAUAAUGCAUUAUGUAUUGAUAAGUAGUAUUACUCCUCUUAAAUUAAUUAAACGAUUUUCAUCUAUGUAUGCUGCCGACUAUUUGCUUUAGCUGUAUAAUCAGUAUUUUGUGUGAGCUCUUGUUUUACUCUCUUUAGGUUUUAUGUAUAGAUUGAAUGUACUUUAAAAUUAAUGCAAUAUGUAUUAGUAAGUAUGAGGUAAUAUGUAUUUCCAGUGGUAAAUUAUUUUAUUGACACUACAUACACAGUGUAAACUAAUAUGAUAUGUUUGUGCUUUAAAUAAUACUAAUGUAUAACUAUCAUACAUAUAGGUGCAUUAUUAAAUUAUGUUUGUUGAGCCUGAUGAACCAUUGAUUGCAUGUGAUUGCGUUUAUUGUAGAGAAUGUCUGAACUAUUGAAAAUAGAUCUGUACAAAAUU